UGUUUUACACAAAAUAAAAAUAAUUUUAAACGUUUACAUUAAUUUAAGAAUUAUUUCUACUUUUCCAUAAUUUUUUGCAAAUUUUUCAACAUAAAAGUUAAAGAACAAUAAAACAAAAUGCCUAAAGAUAAAAAACAUAAAAAGGAUGAUCACCGUGAAAGACACCACAAGCACAAAUCCAAACAUAAGCAUAAAUCUAAAUCAAAGAAAAAAUACCGCUCAUCUUCCUCUUCAAGUUCCUUGUCGUCAUCAUCUAGUGGCGAUGAAUCUCUACCCAAAAAUGUCCAACUUUUAAAAGCUCUCGAGGAAAGACGUAUCAAAGAGGAAUUAGAGAGGAAGCGACUUAAAGAGGAGCUAAAGGCGAAAGAGACGCCAGAACAAAAACGCGAAAGACGUUUGAGAGAAAAGGAAGCCAAGGAAUUAAGAAGAAAACAACGCAUGGGUUGGGAUAAUGAAUAUCAAACAUAUACAGAUCAAGAUAAUCCUUUUGGUGAUUCCAACUUGACCUCCACCUUUGUAUGGAAUAAAAAACUACAGAAACAAGGUUUAAAAGAUGUCCCCAUACAAACAGUGGAGGCAUUAAAUAGACAAAAACAAAUGGAAAAUAAAUUGGAAUUGGAAAAAGUUAAGAAACGUAGGUUGGAGAGAGAAAAGGAAAAACAAGCUAGAGAAGAAGAAAUGAUAUUGCAGCAAAGACAAAAGGAGGCAGCACAAUUUCAUGAAUGGGAGAAACAAGAAGAUCAAUUUCAUUUGGAACAAGCUCGCUUGCGAAGUGAAAUACGCAUACAAGAUGGCAGAGCAAAGCCUAUAGAUUUACUAGCCCAAUACAUAAACAGUUCAAAGUUGGAGGAUGCCAUCGAAAUGCAAAUGCAUGAGCCUUACUACAUACUCAAUGGUUUGUGCAUCAAAGAUUUGGAAGACCUUCUGGUGGACAUUAAGGUCUAUAUUGAAUUGGAAAAAGGUGAACAUAUAGAUUUUUGGAAUGAUAUGACCAUUAUUGUAGAAGAUGAAUUACAAAAACAAAGAAAACAAGCAGAACAAGAUGAAGCCGCAAGUUCUCGUCGAGAGGGUAUACACGAAAGUGUGGUAAAGGAUGUGACGGGUAUAUUUCGUAACAAAACCAUAACACAAUUAGAUGAAAUGAGAGCAAAAAUAGAAGGGAAAAUUGAGGCUCGUACGGAAGGAGUGGAUAUUAGUUAUUGGGAAAAUAUAUUAUCACAACUAAAGGCUCACAUGGCUAGAGCACGCUUAAGAGAUCAUCAUCAAAAGAAACUUAGAGAAAAGUUGGACCUAUUAAAAACAUCAACGAUUAAAGAAGAGCCACAGGAAAGUUCGCCACAACAUCAUGAGGGCCGUGAAACCCAGGAGGCCAGAGAAGAAAGCGAAGAAACCCAACAGGAAAUAUAUGAAAAUGAUUGCUUUAAUCUCUACAAUGAAGGUAACUACAGUCCUCAAUAUAUAUCCUCCGAAGUGCAGUUCUCCUCACUUAAUAUUGUGGACGAAGAAGAGGAUGAAAUGAAUUUGAAAUAUGAAAGACAACAGCUGCUGGAAAAUAAUACAGAAAAUGUCAACUACAGCCAAGAGGAAGUCAAUAUGCGUCACGAAGCUCGCAAGGGCAUGUCUAAUGAUGAAGUCGAAUUUAGCGUUGAAAUGCCUUGUGAUAACUCACUCGCCAUACAACUGGCCACUGAUAAAUAUCGUCCACGUAAACCUCGUUACUUUAAUCGUGUACACACCGGCUUCGAGUGGAAUAAAUACAAUCAAACACAUUACGAUAUGGACAAUCCUCCACCGAAAAUUGUUCAAGGUUAUAAAUUUAAUAUAUUCUAUCCGGAUCUUAUAGACAAAUCGAAGACACCACAAUAUUUCCUUACACAAUGUGAAGAUAAUCCCGAUUUUGCUAUUUUACGUUUUCAUGCUGGACCACCCUAUGAGGAUAUUGCCUUUAAGAUUGUUCAUCGCGAAUGGGAGUUCAGUUAUAAGCGUGGUUUUCGUUGUCAAUUUCAUAAUAACAUCUUUCAGUUGUGGUUCCAUUUCAAACGCUAUAGAUAUCGUCGUUAAAGGAAGAAAGAUGGUUUCUGUUUAUUUUACGACUGUUUUGUGUAUAAAUUUAAAUGUUAAUUAAAAUAUAUUUUAAUAAAGAUUAUUGUAAUACAUAAAUACAUA